AUGGUAUCUUUUGCAGUUUUACACUUGGAGCUCUGCGAGAAUUGGGGCGCCAGGGAUCUGAUCGGAUUGAAUGGUUUGGAGCUGCUCGGCCAUCGACAAACCGUUAUCGACCCGUCAACGGUCACAAUCUCUGCCAAUGGACAAAGCGAUCCACAGAGGCUCCUGAAUGGGAAAAACCUGACACGAGCUCCUGAAGAUGUGUGGUUGACGUCGUUUGACGCCGACAACCCCACCACAAUCACUAUCAAUUUUUCAAAGCCAACUGAACUUACUGGUAUUUCCUUCUGGAACUACAAUGUCUCGCCAGAGAUGUCAUAUGCCGGUGUUCGCCUCCUACAUAUUUUCAUCAACGGGCGAUUAGUAGCCAGUAAUGUGUUGCUACGGAAAGCACCAGGCUAUGUAUUUUUCGACUUUGUCCAGGAUGUCUCCAUUGAUCACCCUACAACGGCUCGUGCUCUGUCUCGACCUUUGACAAGCUCCAUUUAUGGCUUUAUUUUUCAACUACAAUUGCUCAGCUCGUGGGGCGAUGAAUUCUACAUAGGGUUGAACGGCAUUGAACUUUAUGAUCGACGGCAUGAGCGAAUCAAAGUCAGGGCACAUAUUAUUUUUCAACUACAAUUGCUCAGCUCGUGGGGCGAUGAAUUCUACAUAGGGUUGAACGGCAUUGAACUUUAUGAUCGACGGCAUGAGCGAAUCAAAGUCAGGGCACAUAAUCUCGCUGCUUUCCCUGAGAGCGUCAAUAUUCUUCCGGCAGUAGAAGGUGAUCCUAGGACGAGUUUGAACCUUAUCAACGGCUGCAACGAUACGGAUAGGGCGGAGCAGAUGUGGUUGACACCAAUGUUGCCGAAUCGCUGUGCUCGGGUGUUUUUCGUGUUUGAUGUGCCAAUUGCCGUUUCUACAUUCGUCAUUUAUAACUACCGUAAGACGCCAGCCCGAGGAGUCCGGCAUAUCUCGGUGUCUGUCGACGAUCUGAUUGUCUAUUCUGGUGACGUUCCAGCAAGUACAGCUGAGAAGACCGGCAUUCUUGAAAUCAAUUUUCAAGAGUAG